AUGACUACCAAAGCUAAUGACUAGACAAAGUCUAUCAAUAAUCUUUUGCUAAUAAAUUAAACCAACGAAUCAUCUGAAUAGAAAUUUAGAAACCAUGGGAUAACUAAUUUGAAACGAGGCUCAACUAUGUCUCUUAACUUUGGAUCAGUUCAAUCUACACAGCCAUCUCAAAUAAAAUCUUAGAGACUUAAUCAGUAAACUUAAAAGUAAAAGUAUUUAAGCUAAGUUGAAGGCUUAAGAAAUGUCUAAUCAUAGGCUAGCAUAAAGAUAUUUGAAACACCCUCCUAUACAUUAAAGGAUAAAACCAUUCAGAAGUUGGUAGAAAAUGAUGAGAUUCAGAAUAAGCUGCAUAAGAUGAAGUUCAACUAUGCUGAGUCAUAGCUGUUUAAUCCUUAGUAUAACUUCAAAAAGAAGGAUUUAGCUAAUAUGGAUAAGAUAGACAUUCUUAGGAGCCUAGCAUAGCAGGAGAAUAUCAUUAAUAUAAUGCAUGUAGCAAAUAACUAUAACCGAAAGAUACCUACCACAUCUCUAAAUCUUAAAUUUAGCUCUGCAUAACAAUAUUUCUCGUUUGAUGAUCCUAAAGAAAAAGAGGGGAUUAUGAAGUUAUACAAUAUGAGAGCUAGAGUGAAAGAAAAAUCCAAGGUAAGUAUGAAGAAUGAGAGUCUAUCUGGAAUUUUUCUCGCCAAAAUUAAGGGUAAGCGACCUAGCUAACCUAGACUUUAAGACUAUGAUGAUGCACCGAUGUAUCAAUCUUAAUUGAAUUAAACUCAUAAAAAGUAAUAAGACAUCUCUAAACAAUUUUCAGCAACUACUAAUUAAGCCUUAAUUGACUUGAAGAUCAGCUAAAGAGAAUCAGAAAUGCCAAGAAAUCUAGUUACUAAUUCUAUUAUGAGCUUAUAAAGGAAAGAAUUCCUUGAAAAGACCCUCUUUGUUAAGAAGAAUAUUAAAAAUGAACUCAAAGAAAAUGCUGAAAAGCUAAAACGAAAGCUAGAUAAUAUCUAUUUCGAGAAUGAGGAUACAAUUCAAAAUUCUCCUUUAUUUAAGAUGUAAAAAGCUAUCAAUAAACAGAAUACCUUAACACCUGAAUAGAAGUUAGGAUUAUUAUUUGGAAGCAUGAAAAAAAAGACAGUCACUAUUGCUAAAAAAUCAGAACUAGAUGAGCUCUUAAUUCAAAUUAGUCCAAAAUAGGAUUCUUUUGACUAUGAAGGAGAGAAUGUUCAAGAAUUUAAGGAAUAGCCUGAAAUCAUAGCCAGAAGCAUGAAUGGAUUAAUGAAGAGAAGUACAUUUUGUAACUCAGUUGUUGAUAUGCUUGAUAACGAUUAGAACAUGGAUAGACUAGUUACAAAGUAUUUCGGUAAUAAGGAUAACUACUAGUAAGUGACUGUCUAAGAGGAUAGUAAAGAGUCAAUCGAUAAAGAAGGAGAAAAUGGAAAUGGAGAAAUAAUAAAACAGUAACCGCACUAUGAGAGUGAGUCUAAGGAUAAUAGCUUUGUUUAGAAACUGGAUAAAAUUAAUGAUAGGUAUAAAUCAUCUGAAUUGCUAAACAGACCGUUUUCAAUGUCUCAAUACUUCUAGAGAAGAGACCAAGAUGCUAUUGAUAAUAUGAACAAUAUGUUAAAUGACUCAGCUGAAGAAGAGUUUAAUAAAAUAAGAAAGAAGCCCAAGAAUGAGCUGUAGCAAGGAUUGAUUGUGAAGGAAAAGGCUCUCCCUUCACACACUCUUAUCAGACGAAAAGCAUUAUCCAUUAUGAAGUACAACUACUAGAACUGA